AUUAAAAAAUGUUUUAAAUAAUGUUUAGGUGUGAAACAUUAAAAUGUUUAAAGCUGUUAAAGAUGUUUCAAUGCUUUAAAUCUACGCACAUUAUUUAAAAUAUAUUCAAAUAUAUAUUUUAAAAAAAGAAAUAAAAUAUUUCAAUAUCUUAAAAUUAAUUUUUUUUUAAUGAUGAGAUCUCAGAAACUAAAUUGCUUUAUAAGAUGAGAAGAUCACAUGAAUGAGACGCUCACUGAUGCUCAAUGGACUCCUACGUUUUUUUAAUCUUUCGGCGAUUUUAUAAACUUUCGCUGAUUCAGUUUGAAAGAGUGGUGCAAAACUGAACGUCUCGAUCCAAUGUCGCAAAUGUGUGCGACGACAAGCACGGUGAAAGUCGGGUUCGACGAUGAACGUUUUAAAUCCGCGCUAACAAUUUCUAAAACUAGGAAUGUCGAACGCAGAAAAAAACAUCGUUGCGAUAACGAUGGAAAUGAUCCCAGAACGCUGCGUCUUGUGCGAGUCAAGGGAUUUCCGCGGCUAUUACCCGAAGGCAUCCUCGCUCUGGCCGAUUAUUGUCGAUGGCUUCGCGAAUUAUCCUUGUCGUAUGCCCUGCUGAGCGACGAGCUGCUCUUAGCGUUAUGCUCGGUAAAACAAAUCCACUUGGAAACUCUGCGAGUGGAGGCAUACCCGGAAGCAAAGCCUCUUCCACGUGUCAGCGACAAAGCGUGGUUCACGUUUUCAAAUCGUUUACCCAAUAUAAAUCUUGCACUAUUAUCUUACAUGAUUGAUGACGAUGAUCAAAAAUUACUCUUUGCGUCGCACAUUCCUGUAACGCAUUUGUAUCUCGGUGACGUAACAUCGGACUUAAUAAUGUCACAAAUAAGCAAGCAAUGUCCACGAUUGAUAGAAUUAAUUAUCGCUGCCUAUGGAGCCGGGCCGAUCGAUCAAUUCCUAAUUUCUAUGGCUAAGGAUUGCUCGCGACUCAGUGCCAUCAGUUUAGGCGACUGCGAAAUCACCUGUUCCGGGUUAGCGAAAUUCGUUGCAUUGUGUGCGCAUCGUCUGCAGGUAUUGUAUGUUUCGGAAACAUCACUGAUAGAAGAUGCGGACUUGGAUAUCGCUAAAAUGUCGACAAAUCUAUCUUCGCUCCUUGGUCGGACAUGGGUACCGGAAUAUGUACCCCUAUGGUAAUUUCCUGAGAAUGAAAAAAAAGAGGAAUUUCAAUGAACUUAUAGCCGUAUAACAGGACACGAUAAAAUAUGCACGACGUACUUUUCUAUUUUUUCCAGUUUACAUGACAAUUUACAAAGAUUUUGCAAUACCGAACAGAAAAUUCAAUGUAUUCAAUGUUUUUAUGUUUACAACACGUUUAUAACAUUUAUAGUAAAAUUGUUCGAUAGCACUAAAAAUCUGAAAGUCCCAAUGUACUUCACGUGCGUAUAUACUCUGUAUGUUAAAUUAACAUAAAUCGCAAAAAAUUAAUUGAUCGUUAUUGUUGAUACCAAAAAAUAGAAACUUUAUUAGAUUAUAUUUUUUUAGAUGUAAUAUAUAUAUAAAAUAAUGUAACAUGUUACUAGCACUUGUCUACCAUCGUUGUAUAUGGUAGACAGAUAUAAUAUUCAAUAUCUAUCAUACGUAAUAUUAUUAUUAUACAUAACAGUCUGUAUAUACAUUAUUUCUACAUUAUAAUAUAAUAAAUGAUUGGGCAUUCAACAUUAUGAUGUCCAGCAACAUUAACAGCAA